AUGGCUGCCACUCUCUCAAACCGAAGGACGACGUCUGAGGGCACGCAAGGCCAACCCGAAAGCCAUGCAAGCGGCUCGCAGAUACCUCCGCAGCUGCGGAGCAGGACAUUGAAUCGUUCGGCCACCUUGGAGGGGGCGCCUGUAGAUCGAUCUCUCACUCCUCGACGGAGGGCGACAUUCCCAGCGUAUUCGAACGACGCAAGCUAUUCAUUCAGUCGGUCUGAUGCGAAUGAUAUGGAGGAUUGGUCCUCUUCGGAGGCACUUUGGCAUUGGGACUCGGCACCUCUCGCCUUUAUCGUCUUUCCUGCGCUGGGUGGACUCUUCAUGAAAAAUGGUGGGGCGCACUUUACGGACAUAUCGUUCCUGAUAUUGGGUCUCAUGUUCCUCAAUUGGUGUUUGAAAGCACCAUGGAGAUGGUACCACGCCGCCGAACGGAGUCGCGAUGCGGAGAUGGAAGCAAAGCGGUCGGCGGACAGCCGCGAGGAGAAUGAAGGGUUCCGCGCAGAAGAAGUUAGUGCUGAUACUUUUGGGGUCGCUAAAGGUACGGGAGAGGAAGCGAACAAACCAGAAGAAGCAGCUCUACCCUCACAACACGAUACCAGUGCAGCAGAACGUCUCCUCUCGGAAGAGGAAGCUUGGGCUUUGCUUACCUGUUUUCUGGCGCCAAUAGCAGGGGCCAUCGUGCUACAUGCCAUCCGGUCCCAGCUCAAUCGACCCCCCGACGGCAUUGUCGAAAAUACAAACCUGACCCUCUUCGUGGCCGUGGCAGAAUUCCGGCCUCUUUCGCAUGUUCUUAACCUGAGGACAGCACAUUUGACCCGUGCUCACCGCAUUCCUGAUGCUCAGAAUGGAGCACGAUUGGAUUCGGCGGGCUUGCAGGAUAUUGUAAACCGAGUGACGGAUCUAGAAGAGCGUGUAGCUGAGCCUGUAAGGGUUAUCGCUGACAGCGAGAGUAGCCGAAUGAACGCAGUUGCACAAAAGAACUUACAGUCGCAACUGGACGCUCUCUACCGCGCGGUGCGGCGCUACGAGAAACGGCAUGUUACAUUUGAGCAGAGAACAGAAGAGCGCUUCAAAGCCCUAGAGGCCGAGGUGAAGGAUGCGUUGGCACUGGCAGCAGCAGCGGCUAGGACAGCACACCGUCCGGGAAUGGUCUCAAGAGCUCUGACAUGGCUUGUCACUCUGGCAUCAGACGUCUUCAACACGGGAUGGGCGAUUGUCUCGUAUCCUUGGAGGCUGGCACACUAUAUGAUGUCGGAAGCAAAGUCUUCCUUAUUCGUUGUGAGCCGUCCACGGCAGAGACGUUAG